AUGCGUUCGCGUACCGGCUGCGGCGGUUGCGCCGUGGUCAUCCUCGAUGCUCGCAACCCGCCACUAAUCCCAGCUGCUGCACUUUACUGGCGUCGGCGACUGGUCCGCGACCGCGACGGAACGACGACGCGACGGCGACACGGCGGCAACGCGACGGCAACGCGGCGGCAACGUGACGACGUUCGCUCGCGACGGCGAAGCGGCCAGCACUGGCGCGGCCGCCCGCCCCUCGGCAGCCCGCCCAGCGUGGGACCCCUUGUCCUUCGCGGGCGCUCGACUGGGUGCAGCUUAGCGCCU